CGAAAACGAAACAAAAACUAUGCAGCCAGCAGUUCCAUGAGUUUCGGUUUAAAUGAUAGAGACACUGGCUGGCCGCACUGAGUUGCAAUCUGCGCCAAGUAUUAUUGCCGAUGGAGUCUGACCAUGGAUGAGGAGGUCAACCCUGACCAUGAAAAUGUGAACUCAGUCUUGGCUCAGGACUCCAUUGAACUGUUCCACAUCCUCAGCAGUCAGUCGCACUCAGUCAUAAUGGAGCUGUGUCAAAUGAUGCCCAGUGAAGCUUGGUGCCAAUAUCAGCUUGACCCCUCAAGCUCUUCUGCAGCAGCAAGACCAGAACUCAUCAAAACCAUGUUGGAUUACUUCAGGUCAGCCAGUGCUCGAAGAUGCCGUAACUUCCUUCAGAGAGUGUGCUUCUCGUGUGAGAACAUCCCCAUGCUUCUGGAGUCGAGGCUCAUGUCAGUGGCAGGAUAUGACAGCACUGAUGAUGUACCAUCUCCAGCCGCAGAGAGCGUGUCUCUAGCAAACACAGACGGUUGUGAAAAUUCUAGGCUUGCUGUAACUGAUCAGAACUCGUCACCGCCAUCUUUAGAGCAGCGGCUCGUUAAGCGCCCACGGAUCGAUCACUGGGAGCAGUACAUCAGUGAAGUGAAGAAAUUCCUGCUGAAGAGAUGGGAGCGACUCACAGCUGGCCUGGUGAGGGAGGUCCAGCUGGAGAAUGUAUGGGUCAGCCCGAGAGCGGCAAACAGAAGCAGAGACAGACCUGAUCAAACCCCUGGCUCAGCAGACAGAGGGGGCAGAACACCAGAGCCCGAUGGGGAUUACGGGUAUUUGGAGUCCAGAGUGACGUUGGAGACGUUCCUCCAGGGAUGUAUGGGUAAAGUGACAGUUCUGGUGGGCCAGACUGGAACAGGAAAAACUCUGCUAACAUCUUGUCUAGGACAGCAGUGGGCUAGUGGAUUAGGUCCUAUCCCUUCAUCCUUUGUGUUUGUCCUGCUGGAGUUUCGUCAGCUCAACCUACUGUCACACCCUCUUUCACUAUCAGAGCUGCUAUUCCAAUACUACCUCCCUCCAACUGGGGGAGAAGAUGCAAAGAGAGCCAUUAUCGACUACCUCCUUACUAAUCCAGAGCAAAGUUGUUGGGUACUGGAUGGCUAUGAUGAGUUUCACGGCAAACUCAGCAGACAAGAAGUGCAGAGGAAACCGCUGCACUUAGAAGAUCCUCUGCCUGUCGCAGACCUCAUCUCAGGGUUGCUAAAUCGCCAGAUUCUUCCAGGAAGCACUGUGCUGGUCACCUGUCGUGUACGGGAUCUUAUAGAUUUGGAUGGUAUUUCAGAUAAAGUAGGCCAGCUGCUGGGCUGGGACCAGGAUGAAAUCAAGGAGUAUGUAGACAACUUCUUUGGUGCAAAAGAUGUAGCUCUUAGAGAGCAGGCAGCACAGCUCCUUCUCUCCAGUCGACACCUCCUCGCCAUGUCUUCCAUUCCUGCCCUAUGCAACAUCUGCUGCAUCUGUCUUGAGCAUUUACUGCUGCAGUGGAGAGAUAAAGACACAGGAGGAGCACCGAUGCCUGACGAAAAAGGAAGUAAGGCAAGGACCGAUGCUCAGGAAGCAGAAGGAGCACAGAUGUCAAGAGAAGCCAGAGGGGAGGAGGGCAAUAGAAGAGGAAAUCCUGCACAAAGGAAACAAGAGGAUGGAAAAAGAAAAGGGAGCAAAGAUGUAAUAAUGGAUGGAACAAAUGGCAGACCCCAGCUGACUCCCACUUCACCCCAAGUCCCCGCCACCCUCACUCAGGUCUACCUCACUGUUCUGGCCUCAUUUCUUAGCCGAGCCCCUAACCACGGAGGAGAUGGCAAGCCAAAAACUAAAAGAUUUCCUUACAGUGCUGUCACCACACUGACCAUUCUGAGUCAGUAUCAAUCACAGCUGUGUGAGCUGAGCCAACUGGCUUGGAGAGGCUUAGAGGAAAGCAAGAUACUCUUUUUGAAAGAAGAAAUUCCACAGGAGGUUUUAAAGUUUUCACUGAAAAUAGGACUCUUAUCACAGGUGGAGCUCAGACGUAAGGACGGGAUACUUGCCAAUGCCUACUGCUUCAUUCAUCUGACAGUGCAGGAGUUUUUAGCUGCACUGAGAAUCAUGACUAGUAAUGAUGUUGAUGAUGCACAGCUGAAGAAGAGAUUCAGUCUGAAAACUCGCUGGACAACCAAAUCAGACCAGAAGACAGUCUUCACUGACUCACUGUAUCUCUAUGUUUGCGGUCUGGCUUCCUCACAAUGCACUCCAGCCCUGGUUGAGUUAGCCAAGGUUUCUGGUAGAGUCCAAAGUUGGGUCCAGAAACGACAAGAACUUGUUCUGAAAUUGCUCAAAACCAUGUGUAACAGUAACACUCUGACCGGACCAAAGAUACUCCAGCUUUGCCAUAGUGUUCAGGAGAGCCAGAACCACCAACUCGCCAAGCAGGUUUUUGGUGUGAGACCCAAACUGGAGCUGCGCAACAUCUGGCUGUUACCGAAUGAUAUCGAAGCUCUGGCUUUCGUAGUUAAUUCAGCCGAUCAUAAUGACAUCGGUCUGGACUUCGGAGCGUGCUCCAUGGAGCUGGAGUGUUUAAUAGUUCUGGCCAGGUGUCAGGGCAUUCAUAACCUCAGUUUUCACAGCCGCAAGUAUGGGGACAAGUUUGCUGAGAAGUUGUCGUCUGUUUUGCCUAAAUUCACAUCCCUGAGAAAACUAGAAUUUUCUGGUGCCAGCCUGACUGCUACUGGAGCAGCUAGUUUGGCCUCUGGUCUUCAGGAGUGUCCACACAUCACUGAAAUCAACCUAAGUGACAACAAUUUGAGGGAUGAAGGAAUCAGUCACAUUGCUGAGAUUUUUACCAAACUACAAAACCUUUCGAAUGUAGUGCUGGGACGAAACAGCACAACCCUGAAUGCAGUCGACUGUCUUAUUAAGACAUGUUCAUGUUUGAACAUCCAACAUGUUCAUGCAGAGGGGAUCAAAGACUUGACAGUAACUUUCUUCCAAAAGUCAGAUAUGAACAGCCAUAAAUCUAUACUUGAAUCAACAAUCAGCUUGCUGAACCAGAAUUGGAACAAGUCUGAGAUGCAGAAACUUGCUGAAUCCCUGGCUCGAUGCCCUGCUCUGUCUGUCCUAGAUCUGUCUGGAGGCCAGUGGGAUGAAGAAAUUUUAAGGACACUGACUGAGUUUUUGCCAAAGUUCAGCAUUACUGAAAAGAUCAUCAUUAAUGACAGCUGCUCAUCAGUGGAGGGUUUGGUGGUUCUGACUGCUCUUCUGUCUGAUUAUCCUCCUGUGAUGGAGCUUCAUAUCAGAUUACAGGUUCCUGUUAAGGUGUCUAUUGUGUUUGCUAGGAGAAGGGAAAAACCUGCAAGCGGAAUAUCCAAAUCUCUCUGCCUCAGCUUCUGCAAUCUGCAUCCUGCUGAUCUGGAAAGUGUGUUGAGAUGUCUGGGAACCUCUUCUGAUCUCACUAUGCUGGAUUUGUCUAGUAACUGUUUAGGCAACAAAGGUCUGAAGAAGUUGUUGGAUUUCCUGCCUCGUCUUAGGAAAAUCCAGGAAAUUAAUGCCAGUAAAAAUGACAUCAACAUGGAAGGGGUGGUAAUGCUGGCUGCAGCUCUAUGCUCAUAUAACACCUUAACAGAAAUUCACAUCAGUGGCGGAGGCAAAGAGGAAGUCAAUCUAAAGUUCUGCCCAGAUGAAAGUGAUGACAAGCAGCAGCUAAAGAUGUUCCGAGUAAAGGACAGCAGCAUCCUACCAUUUGAUAUAACCAAAGUAUGUAGAAAAUUGGUCCAGAGUCGCUUCCAUUGGGAGUUAGAGUUGUCUCAGUGUUCACUUGCCGACAAAGCCAUCGAGAAUCUUCUCAAAAUGUUGCCAAAGAUGACGUCACUGCAGAGACUCAAUGUCAGACAGAGCAUCACAUCUGCAACCGAUGCACUCAAGCUGGUUAGCUGUUUGAAUGACAGUCAGCGAGUGACAUCAGUGGAGCUCAGCCCUCAGGGUGACUCCUUCAUCAAUUUUGAUGCAGUGAAAGCGGAACAAGUGAGCUGCAGGUUAACUCAUUUUUGCCUGAAGGGUGACCACUUGAAGAAACUUCUUGAGAUCCUGCAGCAGGGUCCCCAGCUUUCAGAUCUUGAUUUGUCAAGUAACCAACUGGAAGAUGAAGACGUGAGCUCUUUUGUGCAUUCCCUACCAAGGCUAAAAAUCAGCACCUAUGUCAAUCUCAGUAACAACAGACUGACCCAGCUGGGGCUGCUGGCUGUGGCCAGCACAUUGUGUACCUGUGCUAAUGUCUCUGGUGUGGAAGUCAGCUUGGGAGAAGAAGAGCGAUGCCUCAUCUGGUUCAGACAAAAUGAAACUUGUGAAAAAACUCUGAGAAUCAGGGAAGGUAGUUUGAAGCAUGAACAUCUGAUCCGAUUAGCAGAUAUUGUGUCCAGUUGUCCCCAUCUGGCCAAAGUGGAAUUAAACCACAGCUUACUGGAGCAGACUGAAGAUUUCCUACAGCUGCUGAGCUUCAGUCAAAGUGGAUGUGUUUUCAGUAUUGAGGAGCGUUGGAUCAGCGCUGAGAAAGCUGUUGGAUUAAUGCUCCACUGUUUGCAACUCAAUAGCAAUAUUCAAACUGUCAGGAUUCAUCAAAACACACUCCACCUGACCAAUUCCACUGGACUGACGGCAGACAGUGAUCCCUCUGGAAAUGCAGCUCAAUCGAGUGCCAUAAAGAAAAUUGGCCUUGUGGACUGUGCAGUAAACGUGUAUCAGCUUACAUCCAUAGAGAGUGUCAUCCUGAGUUGUCCAUUUCUGACAGAACUGGAUUUUUCCCACAACAGCCUCGGUGUAGAGGGAGCUGAGUUUCUCUGUUCUGUUCUUCCCCGGUUGCCCAAUCUUACUUCACUCAGUAUUGCUUCCAAAGAGAGUGAUGUGACUGUGCUCGAGACAUUGUCACAGGUCUUCCUGCAGCCUAACACAAUUCAGCACUUAAAUCUGUCGGGUCAUCAGAUUAGUGAGACGGCAGCUCAGAAUAUGACCACAUUUCUGCCCUGUCUACGAUCACUCAAUCUUUCCCACUGUGUUUUGCCUGGAGGACUGCAGCUCAUUGAAGCACUGGGACAGUGUGUUAUUCUUGAAGACCUUUGUUUGGAUUCUGUGGCACUGAAUGAGGAGAGCAGGAUGUGUUUGGCACGAGCUCUAAGAAAUAUCAACUCUAUUCGCCGUCUCAGGCUGAAUGAGAUUAUCACAGCAAUGGACAAUCUCAGCGUUGUGGAUCUCUUGGCUGCCACAAAGGGACACGCACAUUUAGAGCAGAUAGAGUUGGAGGGCUGGAGGAUGGCUUGCAGAGGAAUAGAAGAGCUGAACAGGCUCAUUCCGAACUGGAAAGAGCUCAAGAAGAUAAAGCUGUCAAAGAACCUUAUCAGUGACCAAUCAGGAGAGAAGCUGCUCGAGGCUUUGAAAGUCUGCAGCCACCUGGAGGAGCUCUGUCUGUCCGAUAACACACUGGGAAACCUCACUGCUGCCAGGAUGGCCCUCAUUUUCCCAUCAUUGAAACACCUCAGUGUGUUAGACAUUUCGCUCAACCAUAUUGACCAUGAAGGCUCCAAUAGCCUUUCCAAAGCCAUAAUGUGCAUGAAGAACCUCAAAAAGAUUAACCUGACCUCUGUUGGGACUUCAGAGCUGCGUGCUGUUGUAGCCAGUCUGGCUCACUGUCCCCUCAUACAGGAAGUUGGUCUGGGUUGGAAUAACUGUCGUGAUGAAGUGGCACUGGAAGUGGCCAGGGUUUUGCCUUUCUGUCAUACGCUGACUCAGAUAGAUCUCGAGUGCAACAGCUUGAGUGUUUCUGGAGCGGAGGCCCUGCUUAACGCCUUAAGGUUCUGCCCUGCUCUGCAACUCAUCAGACUCUGGAAGAACAAAAUCUUUGAGGGUGAUGUCCAUAGGCUCGGUCUGAGGGACAGGAGGAUGAAUUUCUCUUCCACCUAAUAUGAUCUGCACUGCUGGACAGUUGAGAAGUACGAUUCCAGUUCAUCAGCACCAGUGCAGACGAACAGUCCAGCACUUCUUCUGCCAACAUUGACUUAAAAAUCUGUGAGAAAUUUGGUUUGUUUUUUUUUGCUUGA